GAGGCGCCCGUGCGUAAAGAGAUACGUCAGCCAAAGAGGGGCGUCGGGCGUCACCACGCAUGCGCGCCCAGAAGCGGAUCCCGGCGGGGCUCAGCUGAGGAGACGGAGAUGCCGCCACUGUCAAGCUGGUUUGUGGCGUGCUUCAAGAUCUAGAGACGUGCAGGUGUUGUGCUGGCUGCUGCAGGUACAAAGAGGACAUGGAGGAGGGUUUGAAGUGGCCGUCGGAGAGGCUGGAAGUUCAGACAUCUGCUUCUCCCGGGGUCAGCCGGCGGAUAUCAGUCAGCGAAUUCUCUUGCCAUUGCUGUUAUGAUAUUCUCGUCAAUCCUACCACCUUGAACUGUGGGCACAGCUUCUGCAGGCAUUGCUUGGCAUUAUGGUGGACGUCUUCCAAGAAGAACGAGUGUCCAGAAUGCAGGGGGAAAUGGGAAGGGUUCCCCAAAGUCAACAUUCUUCUCAGGGAUGCGAUCGAAAAACUGUUUCCAGAUGCUAUCAAGCAGCGGAAGGACGACAUCCAGCAGAACAGCGACGCGUCCCUCAGCCUCGACGCCUUUCAGAAGUACGGGAGCGAUCAGACCUCUGCAGCUCCAACGGCGGGGCGAAUUAAUCCUCGAGGAGGGGGGUUUUUCUCUGGCGUGCUGACAGCGCUAACUUGUGUGGCCGUAGUUUUGCUCGGCUAUCACUGGAGCAGCCGGGAGUCGGAAGAUGACCUCCUCGUCCACAAACCCGUUGCGAAAUGGACCGCUGGGGAGGUGGUACACUGGCUGGGGCAGCUGGGACCCUGGACUUCCCUCUACAAGGAGAGGUUUUUACUUGAGCGCGUUAAUGGGAGGCUCCUGUUAACGCUCACGGACGAGGACUUCUCAAAGUCUCCUUACAAUGUAGAGAACAGUAGCCACAGGAAGGCCAUUAUGACGGAACUGGAACGCGUGAAGAUGCUGGGGGUCAAACCACCGCAGAACCUUUGGGAGUACAAGGCGGUGAAUCCCGGGAAGUCGCUGUUCCUGUUGUAUGCCUUGAAGAGCUCCCCUCGGCUCACCAUGCUCUACCUGUACCUCUUUGAUUACACGGACGUCUUCCUCCCCUUCCUCCACACCAUAUGUCCUGUGCAGGACGAGGAGCUGGAGGAUAUUCUCGCAAAGCUGCUAGACCUGAAGGAGCCUGCUUGGAAGCAGUGGCGAGAAUUCUUCGUGAAAUACUCUUUCCUGCCCUACCAGCUAAUAGCUGAGUUUGCUUGGGACUGGUUAGAGGUGCAUUACUGGACGUCCCGCUUCAUCAUCGUCAACGCCAUGCUGCUCUCUGUACUGGAGCUCUUCUCCUUCUGGAGGCUGUGGUCAAGAAGGGAGCUGAAGACAAUUCCUCACCGGAUGUGGGGCCAUUUCUGGAAAGUGUCCACCCAGGGACUCCUCAUGGCUAUUUUCUGGCCAGUUAUUCCUCAGUUUGUUUGCAACUGCCUGUUCUACUGGGCUUUGUACUUUAACCCAAUUAUAAACAUUGAUCUUGUGGUGAAAGAAAUCCGUCGCUUGGAAACUCAAGUGCUUUGAUGGUGUGUUCUGGGAUCGACACUGUGCUGUGCAGUCCUGAAGCAUCCGGUGGCAGGGAGCUGGCCAAAAAAGGCAAUUUAAUUUUCUUCCCACAGUGACAAAACUUGUGAUUUUUGUUUAAUGGCACACCUACUUUUGCAACAAAGUCUUCCUUUUCAAAGCUGUGACGGCGGCAACAAGUCAAGGGAGGUGCUUUUCUGCUUUUCCUCAAGGAGAAGGAACAAUUAAUUUCCCUACAUUCAGAACGUUUGCUUUUCGACUAAUCGAAGCGCCAACUUUUGUGUGCCACUCUCUGUAUCCGGCCAUGCAGCACAAGACGCCUGAUGAGAAAUCGAAGCAGUCAGGCUCCUUUUUCGUGCAAAACGAGUCCUGCAUUUACACAUUAAGCAGCUGUAUAUGGCUCAGAUGCUGACUCGGCCCCCUUUUCCUUAUACACACAGCUCUGGUCGUGUUUGUGAAUUUGAAGUAAUUUCUGUCGCUGUAUUGAUUUAUUAGAUCUACUUGCCAACUGCUACCACUUUCUUUUUAGGAAAAAAGCAGGGGAAAGAUGUUAUGCACGUAAAUAACCAAUUGAUUGUGAGAUGGUGGGCUUUUUUCCUGUACGUAGGUGAACGCCUCCUGUUGCCACUUGCUAAAUGUAUGCCAAAACCAAGAUUAGCUUUAUUUUAAAUGAUGUGCCCCUAUAAAUUAAACUUGACUCUGCGUUUGUAAUGAUAUGACCUUCAGAUUUGCAUAUGAACAUUUUUAAGAAUUAAAGCCGAAGAUUUUUUUUCUAA